UUAGAGCCGGAAGGCUCGAUGGGGAUGCUUUUUGCGAAGUGUUUCGUGCACCACUGAGCGGCAAACGAAGACCUGUGCAAUCGCAAUUUGUGACGAAAUCGACAAAAAUAGUGAGAUCUUUUUCACAUCAUGUUCCUAAAGAGGUGCCAGUAAGUUAGAGGAACACAUCACCAGUGCAAUAACAACAUGAGUGACAUAUAAAACAAAAGGAGGAACUUUCGUCUUUCUGUAAUCUCCUCUUACACAUACUACUCAACCUUUUCCUCACCAUGGACCAACCUCUGCUACAAAGAGAGGAGAGAGAAAGACAGAGUGGCUGCUGCUCCAGCAGGAGGCUAAAGGCGUGGUUGCCUAUUCUCUCCUGGCUACCCAAAUACAAGCUGAAAUGGCUUCAGAUGGAUCUCCUCGCCGGCGUCACUGUUGGACUGACAACUGUUCCGCAGGCCUUGGCCUAUGCAGAAGUAGCAGGCCUUCCCGUGCAGUACGGGCUCUACUCUGCCUUCAUGGGAGGCUUCAUCUACACCUUCCUCGGGACAUCCAAGGAUGUGACGCUGGGCCCCACAGCCAUCAUGUCCCUUCUUUGCUUCUCGUUGGUGGGGGGUGAACCGCACCGAGCUGUGCUGCUCAGCCUCCUCUGUGGUCUCAUCCAGGCUUCCCUGGCAUUCCUGAGAUUAGGCUUUCUCUUGGACUUCAUCUCAUUCCCUGUUAUAAAAGGCUUUACUUGUGCUGCGGCAAUAACAAUUGGCUUUGGGCAGGUGAAGAAUAUCCUGGGACUCCAAGAUAUUCCCCACGAGUUCUUCCCACAGGUUUACUACACAUUUUACAAGAUCCCCGAGGCGCGAAUAGGCGAUGUGGUCCUUGGUCUGCUCUGUGUAGCCUUGCUGAUCAUGCUGACGUCAAUGAAGACAAGCCUGGAACCCGAUGAUGAUGAUUGUGAUGAUGCUCCCAGGUUCCCCAGAGCUGCCAGAAGAUUUGUGUGGGCUGUUGCUACCAUGCGUAACGCCCUCGUAGUCGUGGCCGCAUCUUUUUGCGCCUUUUCGUGUGAAGCUUCUGGCCUUCAUGUUUUCUCAAUCACUGGGAAAACUACCCAGGGGCUUCCACCCUUCAGGCCCCCGCCCACCUCAGACACCACCGCCAAUGGCACUGUGGUAACGUUUGGAGAGAUUGUGGAGGGCUUUGGCGGAGGUCUAGCUGUGAUUCCUUUCAUGGGAUUGCUGGAGAGCAUUGCAAUUGCAAAAGCAUUUGCCAAGCAGAACAACUACAGAAUAGAUACCAACCAGGAACUGUUGGCAAUUGGUAUGACCAAUGUCAUGGGCUCCUUUGUCUCAGCCUACCCUGUAACUGGCAGCUUUGGCAGGACUGCAGUGAAUUCACAGACUGGGGUUUGUACUCCAGCUGGAGGGAUUGUCACAAGUGGGAUAGUGUUGCUGUCUUUGGCGUUCCUCAUGCCGGCCUUCUACUACAUCCCAAAAGCUUCUCUCGCUGCUGUUGUCAUCUGUGCCGUCACUCCCAUGGUUGACUAUCGUGUCGUGGCUAAGAUAUGGAAGAUACAUAAGCUUGACCUCCUUCCCUUCAUUAUGACCUUCCUGCUGAGUUUCUGGCGGGUGCAGUAUGGAAUCAUAGGCGGUGUGGCUAUAUCUGGAGCCUUGCUGAUGUACACCAUGGCUCGACCUGGAAUAAAGAUGUCAAAUCAAGGUGUCAUGCUCAUUGAGUUGGCCAGCGGGCUCAGCUUUCCUGCUGCAGAACAUCUGAGCCACAUCAUACAUACACAAGCUCUACAGGACUCUCCUCCACGGUCAGUUGUAUUGGAUUGCAGUCAUGUCAGUGUGAUAGAUUACACAGUGAUUAAUGAGCUGAGUGACUUGCUGGGACAAUUCAAACGCCAAGAUGUGCAUCUAAUCCUUUCCGGACUGCAGCCAAACGUCCUGAAGAUUCUUUUAGCUGCAGAUCUGGAGGGCCUCAGAUAUGCUGACGGUGUUGAGACAGCACUGCAGAUGGGAUCGGGGAACCUCAAUUUAUAAUGCAGGAAAUGUCCAGCCAAUGCCUGAGGAAGUGAUGUUUCCCAAUGCACACUAAACUAAACGGGAGAUCGUGCACGGACACAAACGAUCAGGGGGAGAAUCUGGUCUCCAAGUACCCGCUUUACAGAUCUGUGAUCUCCCUGGACAACUGGACAUCAUCUGCCCGUGGAGGUUCCUUAUAAAUGUGCUUUGUGCACUUCGAUUUCCUGCAUGGACUUCAGCAAAUGAGUUUCUUCUUCUGCCAUGUCAAGGACUGCGCCUUUUAAGGUUACCUGAAGUAAUUUUAGAAAAUCCCCAAGGAAAUAUUUUUAUGUCACAAGUAAAGUAAUUAAACCAAAUACAUUAAAUAAAGGGCGGCCC